AUGGGGAACUGUCUCGACCUGCAGAAGCCGGUGACAUGGGUUGACGACGAGGACGACGACUGGGGAUCCAUGGAAAGCAGCAGCCCCAAGCAUUACAAGAGGCAGCGCAAGGCCGGAGCGGAGGCUGCCAAGGAGAUGGCCAGCUCCGGCUCGACAGAGAUCAAGAUCAAGAUCAGCAAGAAGCAGCUGGAGAAGCUUCUGCGGCAAGCCGACGACGGCGAGAAACUGCCGCUGCGACGAUUUAUCGCGGAUCUGGUGAGCAUGGGCGAGUCGUGGGAGCUCCACCAUGAUCAAGGGAGGCAUUGGAGGCCGGAGCUACAGAGCAUACCGGAGAUACCCGAAUGA